GCAGGAGGCACUGGCAGAGUUUCGGUUUUGGUUGCUAGGCUUCAGUGAAGUCCUGUUGCAUGACGCGAAGGACUGUACCUGGAGGGAAUCGCCUGGUGAUUGUAUUUCGAUACUGACAGCGUCCGCGAGUAACCUGAAGCUCGCUGGUCGACUGCGGAGACUGAGGUAUGCAAAGGCAACUUGAUCCUACGCGGGCGCACGUCGGAAGCCCAUGGAACGGCGCCGUCACUAGCCCUGAAAAUGAAGACCGUAUUUGUUACUGUGGGAACAACAUCAUUCGACGAGCUCAUUGAGACCGUUGUAUCGCCGGAGGUGCUAGCUGUAUUAAAGAACCAAGGUUACACGAAAGUUCUUCUUCAAGUUGGCAAAGGGAACACACCGAAAGUUGAUGGCAACGUUGAACCAUCUGUGGAAAGCUAUAACUUCAAGGAUUCGUUGACAAGAGACAUCAACGAAGCAUCCCUGGUUAUAAGUCAUGGGGGUGCAGGCAGUAUACUCCAAGCUCUGAGAGCCGGGAAGAAGCUCGUUGCAGUAGUGAAUGACAAGCUGCUUCACAACCACCAGAGCGAACUGGCAGGCCAGUUGCACAAGGAGGGUUACCUUCUCUACUGCACUUGCAAAGACCUUCAGGUGACAUUGGAGGAAAUGGAACCGAGCCGACUAAGGACCUUUCCAGAACCGAACCUGAACCGCUUUCCUCAGCUGCUGGAUGGCAUCAUGGGAUGGUCAUAGUUAAGCCACCUUUAGCGUGAACGGUUGCUCGCAACUGUCAACACCCAGAUUAGAUUUUCCUUCUUAGGCAUUUAACCAUGCUGCUGAGCAGCAGAAAUAUAGCAUACUUGUACAUAUAUGAGGUUUGUUUCAGUAAUAAGGAAUUGGCAAAAUAAAUGCAUUCAACUUCAG